AUGCGUCUCAUCAAUGUGCAGACAUACAGAUUAGAGGAGUUCUCCGAGGAGCAAUUACCUCCUUAUGCUAUACUAUCGCAUACAUGGGGAAGUGAUCAGGACGAAGUGUCUUUUCGUGACAUCACCAAGAGGAGUACCGAGCGUGCCAGUGCUAACCAUUGGCCUAUCAAAUUCGAGGGAUGUUGUGAACAGGCAGCGAAGGAUGACCUCGAAUAUGUGUGGAUUGACACCUGUUGCAUUGAUAAAAGCAACUCAGUGGAACUCAGUGAAGCUAUCAACUCCAUGUUCCGGUGGUAUAGGAAGGCUAGAAUUUGUUAUGCCUAUCUUUCUGAUGUCACUGAUGAGUCUGUUGAGGCUAAUCCGCAUAUGGUCUCUGAAUUCUCUGGAAGCCGUUGGUUUAAAAGAGGUUGGACACUACAAGAACUCCUAGCACCAAGGAACGUUCAGUUCUACAAUGCUACGUGGACCCUCCUCGGUAGCAAAACAGAUAUGAAGAUAUUACGACUUAUCCAGAAAGAAACCGGCAUACCGCGUUUGUUUCUCCGAGGAGAGGCAUUGACAAAUGCGAGUAUCGCACAACGCAUGUCCUGGGCUUCAGGAAGAACAACAAAGAGAAAGGAGGAUAUCGCUUAUUGUCUUCUUGGGAUUUUCGGCAUCAUGAUGCCAAUGAUUUACGGCGAGGGUGAUCGUGCAUUCAUUCGUCUACAAGAAGAGCUUAUCAAAAGAACCAGAGAUGCUUCAAUUUUUGCAUGGGGCUUGCCAUCAGAAACUCCUGCCCCCGUUCAUUUUGAAGAUAUUACUUCUGCGGGAUUAUUCGCAACCUCUCCAGCCGAUUUCGCCAAUAGCAGCCAUAUCAUAUCACAGAAUCGCGAGAUCAAGUCUAGUGCCACAUUUGUUGUUGAAGGCGGAUGUGUCCGAUCGGAAAUUCCUCUCUACACAGACCCAGCUGGCCAGCUAUUCGGACUACUCAAUUGUGGCCUCCUGUCAAAUAACAGUGGUAGCAAGGUAGUGGGAAUCCCGCUUGUUAAGGAUCAAUCUGGGGAAUAUAAUCGACCCGGAGGACAUUACUCUCAAUUAUUCCCAGCAUCUGAAGUCACCACCAUCUCGCAAAUCUACAUCAAGACAGAGCGGGAUCAGAAGACAACUACAGCAUCCAGUUAUAGCAACUGUUUUGAGAUCGAGAAUCUUAUUGAACCUGGCUUAAAGCUGAUUGAGGUAGAACCGCAAGACUGUUGGAGAGAAAAGGAGUCUCUUAUUGCUACAAGCAAUCAUUGUCCCGGAAGCAAUUUACAGCAAUACUGGCUACGAUUCCGCCCGGAAGAUGAAGGAUCUACCGACUUUAUUGUGCUACUUGAGCUACAGAUAUUGGGAUCACAGAGGAAAGCACAAUGUCAUAUUAUGACAUCAUCUCAAACUACUCCACUGAAGGAUUUAGUUCAGUAUUCUAGCAAUAUGAGACCAACAGCUUUUGGUCACAAUGUUGCUCGAGGUAACUCGCGGAGCAUCUAUGUAACCAUAGAUCAAUACACUACAGCCUGGAUAUGCAUGUUUGUUGUUAAGAUUGCUGAGACAACAACGUUGCCUACUAUCACUGUGAAUGCAACAUUCGAGUUAGAACUACAGGCAGCAAAAUAUGAGCGGGAAAAGACAGCAAAAGAAAAGAAUAAGCUUUAUCUCGAAAUCGGAAGAUUCAAUAAGCAGAGAGGAACGGCAUACACGCUGGAGUCUGUUGAGGAACGUUUGGCUGAGAUAAGACAAGAGCAAAUCCAGCUAGAGGCAAUUCAAAUAUGGCGGACUGAAUUGUCCAAGAAGGAACUGUCUAUCGAGAGGAAGUUUGACGAUUUCGAAAAAACAGCCCUGGUAAAUAAUUAUGACCCAGUACGGAGUGCAGAAAUCAGUACUGCAAAAGGCGAGUUGGUGACU